AUGUUACGUUUAAGACAAGCUAAACAAACAUGUGAAGAUGUUAAACACAUGUUUCAUGAAAGAUCGUUGAUCGAAGAGGAUUAUGCUAAAAGAUUAAUGAAACUUUCUAAAAAAACCACAAAGCAGGAAAUUGAAAUAACUGCAAGAGAGCAUUUAAGUCUUUCUCAAAAAAUUAAAAGUAAACUUGAGCAAGAAUUGAAUGAUUUUCUUUUAAAACAAAAAGAACAAAGAAAAUCACAACAAUCAAUAGCAGAAAGAAGUCUACGUAAUAAACUCAAUCAAGCAGUUUUACUACAAAAGGCAAAAGAAAAAUAUGAUGGAGAAUGUGUAAAAGUGACAGGUCUAUUGGCAUCCAAAAAUUCGGUAAUUGGAAAAGAAUCUGAAAAAUUAUCUUUGAAAAUCGAAAGAACUCAAAUCAAUGUCAAUACUGCAAGUCAAGAAUAUAGGCAAUUAGUUAAAAUUAUGAAUGAUAUUAACGAUAAAUGGAUUUAUGAUUGGAAAAUUGCUUGUGAUAAAUUUCAAACUUUGGAAGAAGAAAGAAUAGAACAUAUAAAAAAAUAUUUAUGGGUUUAUGCAAAUUUUAUUUCAGAAGUCUUUGCAUUAGAAUCUUGUGAAGUUAAUAAUGAAAUACAACUGUUUAUAAAAGAACAUGCUACCGGCUCCGAUCUCCCAGAAUCACCAGCUUUUAUAAAUUUUUUCUCGGGUAAUAAAGAAAAUGACACGAUAACAAGUAAAAGAGCUUCAUUUGGUAGAAUAACCGAUUUACCUUCUUUAUACGCAAAUACAAUUUCUUCUUCAAACCUAAUCAAAAACAAAAAUGAAUUUUCGCAAACUCCAGUUGAUGAUGAUAAAAUUGAAGAAGAGGAGGAGGAACCAAUUGAUCCAAGAUCAAAAAAAAUGCUUUCAAUUGGUAAUAAUGUUUUUGAAGUCGAUCCAAAUUGCAGUCUUGAUGAUAACAAGAAUCAAAAUCCUUUAUCAAUUAAUCGAUCUUAUGGGACAAGAAAACCAAUGCCUGUUUUAGAUAAACCUCAACCACCAACACCAGCUACCAAUAAUAUUAUUAAUCAAAAUCAAAAUCAUAAUUCUGGCAAUCUAAUUUCUGGUCCAGGUGAUUUAAGACGUAAAUCCUUAUCUUCUACAGAUUAUGGUCCUAUUUCAUCACAACAACAAGAUAUUAAAGAUAACAUGUCUAAUAUGCGUCCACAUGCUCCACUAUUAAAUAAUCAACCUAGUAACAACAUAAUACAAGGUCCAGGUGAUUUAAGACGUAAAUCCUUAUCUUCUACAGAUUAUGGUCCUAUUUCAUCACAACAACAAGAAAUCAAAGAAAACAUGUCUAAUAUGCGUCCACAUGAUCCAUUAUUAAAUAAUCAACCUAGCAACAACAUAAUACAAGGUCCAGGCGAUUUAAGGCGUAAAUCCUUAUCUUCUACAGAUUAUGGCCCUGUUUCAUCACAACAACAAGAAAUUAAAGAAAACAUGUCUAAUAUGCGUUCGCAUACUCCACUACUAAAUAACCAACCUAACAACAACAUAAUACAAGCUCCAGGUGAUUUACGUAAAAGAUUGUCAAUUUCAACUUCAGCUUCAACUUCAAUUACUGCUAUUGCCGCCAAUAAUAAUAUUAAUCAACAACAACAAGAUAAUUUAGUUACAAAUCGUCGUAGUUCUUCGCCUAAUAAUCAACAACAACGAAAUACAUCACCAGUUAUUGGAAACAAUAAUAACAACAAUAACAAUAAAAUUGAAAGAUCUGAUACAAUAAAAACUUCUACUACUAGUAGUAGUGGUUCAAACUCAUUAGGAAUAUUACUUGAUGCUCAAGGCCGUGUUAAGCAAGAUGAUCUUGCUGAAGCAUAUUUUAAAAAUGGUGGAAAAUUACCACCCGAAAACAUUCCAUCAAGUCAAUCACCCUCGUCAUCAUCACCGCCAUCCCAUAUUCCAGGAAUUUUACCCAACAAUCAUAGCAACUACAAAAACAUACAAUCCCAAUCGUCCAUUCGUGAAAUGCAAAGAACAACAACCUCCUUACCAACAACAGCCAUCUUACCACAAACCUUAUCAAAAUAUUAA